AUGACUUUGAUACAUAUUGCUACUAAUGUUCUCAUCACCUUCGCCAUCAUCAUCACUGGUGGUGGAAUGGCUGAAGUGAAAAGGGGAGCAAUAAAAAGUAGAUUCAACUAUGAAAUCAUAAUCAUAGAUGAUGGAUGCCCAGAAGGAACAAGGGAUGUUGCUGAACAGUUGGAAAAGAUCUACAGAUCAGACAAAAUUCUUUUAAGACCACGGGAGAAAAAGUUGGGAACAGGAACCGCAUAUAUUCAUGGAAUGAAGCAUGCCACAGGAAACUAUAUAAUUAUUAUGGAUGCUGAUCUCUCACACCAUCCAAAGUUUAUUCCUGAAUUCAUUAGAAAGCAAAAGGAGGGUAAUUUUGAUAUUGUCUCUGGAACUCACUACAAAGGAAAUGGAGGUGUAUAUGGCUGGGAUUUGAAAAGAAGAAUAAUCAGCCGUGGGGCCAAUUUUAUAACUCAGAUUUUGCUGAGACCAGGAGCAUCUGAUUUAACAGGAAGCUUCAGAUUAUACAAAAAAGAAGUUCUCCAGAAGUUAAUAGAAAAAUGUGUUUCUAAAGGCUAUGUCUUCCAGAUGGAGAUGAUUGUUCGAGCAAGGCAAUUGAAUUACACUAUUGGUGAGGUUCCAAUAUCAUUUGUGGAUCGUGUUUAUGGUGAAUCCAAGUUGGGAGGAAAUAAAAUAGUCUCUUUCUUGAAAGGAUUAUUGACUCUCUUUGCUACUAAGUAAAAGAAAGUUAUUCAUUGCUACUUAUGUUCAUUUCAAUUGAAAUAUAAAAGAAGCCCUGUUACUGAUUUUUACAACAUGUACUCUUAGAGCAUAAACCAUAAGGUAAGGUAAAUUUUAUACAAAUAUGU